UAAGAGAGAAGGUUGAGCCAUCUCCAAUGACAGAGAAGGGAACCGGUUCAAAAGAAAGGCAAUAUUGCAUAUGCAAAAAUGUAAUUACAUAAUUAACCAAACCAAAUAAAAUAUUUCAAACGGCGACUGUAAAUAGGUUAAUGGCAGAAUCAAGCUCUCCCAGUUCUAACAUACUAUGGCAGCAAAAACCGCUUCCCGCCCCCAACAGCUUGUAAUCGACUUGUUUGCGUAGAAAUACUUAGUCAAAAUUGCUUUCACCACCUCUCCUUCAUGGCUUCUCCACCCGACUCCCUCUAGUUUUCUACCUCUAACCUUCUAUUCAAUGAAUCCCACUGAACAUUGGGCUUCUCUUCUCCGGCGAUGCCUCGAGGCCGAGAAUCGAAUCGCCGGCAAAUCCAUCCAUGCCUACUUAACCAAAGCCGGCCUUCUCCACCUUGGCCUCUACCUCACCAACAACCUCAUCAACUUUUACUCAAAAGUGCGUCUCUUCGCCGACGCAUGUAAGGUGUUCGACGAGAUGCCUCUAAAGAAUAUCUUUUCCUGGAACUCCAUCCUCUCCAUGUACGCCAAAAGCGGCCAGAUCAGCACCGCAAGGAUAUACUUUGAUCAAAUGCCUGAAAAAGAUUCAGUCUCGUGGACUGCCAUGAUUGUCGGCUGCAACCAGGCGGGUCGAUUCAAGAAAGCUCUGCAAAUGCUCUUGGCGAUGGUUCGUGCUGGAUCCCCGCCGAGCCAAUUCACAUUCACAAAUAUUCUCUCCUCUUGUGCAGCAAUUGAGGAUCACAUCAUUGGGAGGAUGGUGCAUUCUUUUAUCGUUAAGUUAGGUAUGAGUAGUUGCAUUCCUGUUGCAAAUUCCCUUCUCAAUAUGUAUGGAAAAUGUGGCGAUGCAUUGAUGGCAAAGGUGGUUUUUGAUAGGAUGAGAGUGAGGAGCGUAUCGAGCUGGAAUACGUUGAUCUCAUUGUACUCGCAAUCAGGGCGGAUGGACAUUGCUCGAUCCCACUUUGAAGAGAUGAGCGAGCGAAGCAUUGUGUCCUGGAACGCGAUAAUUGCAGGCUACAAUCAGAAUGGGUUGGAUCUUGAAGCUCUUAUCUUCUUCUCUAGAAUGCUGAAAGAAACACGAAUGGCCCCAGAUGACUUCACAAUCACAAGUGUUCUAUCUGCUUGUGCUAAUCUUGAGAUGUUGAAGAUUGGUAGGCAAAUCCAUGCCUACCUCAUUAGAACUAAGAUGGAGUUUGUUGGGCAGGUUGCCAAUGCUUUGAUUUCAAUGUACUCUAAAUCAGGAGGAGUUGAAAAUGCUCAUAGGCUUGUAGAGAAAACUGUUGUGUCUGAUCUAAAUGUGAUAUCAUUCACAGCUCUCCUUGAAGGUUAUGUCAAGCUUGGAGACCUGCAACCAGCUAGAGAAAUUUUCAAUUCUAUGAAGCACCGGGAUGUCGUGGCAUGGACGGCGAUUAUCGUUGGGUAUGUGCGGAACAGUUUCUACAAAGAUGCUAUGGAACUUUUCAGUUUGAUGGUCAGUGAAGGUCCUGAGCCAAAUAAUUACACUCUUUCUGCCAUUUUGAGUGUUUGUUCAAGUUUGGCAUCAUUGGAGCAUGGCAGACAGAUCCAUUCCAAGGCAGUCAGGUCGAAAGAAGGGCUUUCAGUCUCUGUAAGUAAUGCGCUAAUAACAAUGUAUGCAAAGUCUGGAUGUAUUGAACUAGCAAGAAGGGUUUUCAGCCAAAUAAUCUCGACUAGGGAACCAGUCUCAUGGACCUCCAUGAUCAUUGCUCUAGCACAGCAUGGCUUGGGAGAAGAAGCUGUAAGCUUAUUUGACAAAAUGCUUUUCCAUGGUGUUGUGCCUGAUCAUAUCACAUAUGUUGGGGUAAUAUCUGCUUGUACUCACUCAGGAUUGGUAGAGAAAGGAAAGGAAUAUUUUUCAAUAAUGCAGAAUAUUCAUAAAAUCAAGCCAACACCUAGCCACUAUGCCUGCAUGAUUGAUCUUUUUGCUCGCUGCGGAAAACUGGAGGAAGCGCAAAAUUUUAUAAAAUCGAUGCCAGUGGAACCAGAUGCCGUCGCUUGGGGGUCGCUACUUUCUGCUUGCAGGGUUCACAAAGAUGCCAAUUUGGCAAGGAUUGCCGCGGAGAGACUGCUCUCAAUUGAUCCUGAGAACAGUGGAGCUUAUUCUGCGCUCGCAAACGUAUACUCUUCAUGUGGUAGAUGGCAAGAAGCUGCAUCGAUAUGGAGGUUGAUGAGAGAUAACGGGAUAAAGAAAGAGAAAGGAUACAGUUGGAUUCACAUCAAGAACAAAGUUCAUGUGUUUGGAGUAGAAGAUGGAUUGCACCCAAUGAGGGAAGCCAUAUAUGAGAUGGCAAGAAAGAUGUGGCUAGAGAUAAAAAAGGCUGGAUUUGUACCUGAUACCGAGUCAGUAUUGCAUGAUGUGGAUGAUGAGCUCAAGGAAAAGAUGCUUAGUCUUCACAGUGAGAAGCUUGCUAUUGCAUUUGGACUAAUGAGCACUCCAGAAAAUACAAUGUUGAGGAUAAUGAAGAACUUGAGGGUAUGCAAUGAUUGCCACAAUGCGAUAAAGUUUAUCUCAAAAUUAACUGGAAGGGAGAUAGUGGUGAGAGAUGCAACAAGGUUUCAUCAUUUUAGGGAUGGGUUCUGCUCUUGCAAAGAUUAUUGGUAGGUUUGAUUUAUGUAAAUUAUCAUUCAUGGAUUUACAGUAGCUGACUAGUUAAAACAAAUUCAUAUAAAAUGCAAUUUGACUUGUAUUUUGAAUUU